AGUAAACAGAGGCAGGGUUGUGUGAAUCUUACAGCUGAAGGUAGGCUCAUUGUUUUUAUUUAUUAGUGAUUGAUUUGUUGUUUUGAACAGAAGAUUGUAAACUGCAUCUCCCUGUGGAUAACUGUGGAUGUGACUGAGAACGGGUCAUGAUGAGUUCGUUGCACAGAAAUCCACAUUUCUUCAAAGGUGUCUCCACCUCUGCAGCAGCUGAUAUAGUGUAUCAUGGCUUGUUCAACCAAGGGGCCACAUGUUACCUGAACAGUGUGCUGCAGGUGCUGUUCAUGACCAAGGACUUCAGAGAGUCUGUGGAAAGGUGUGACCCUCAUAACCCUGAGUGUAUUGACCCUCAACUCAGACACGUGUUUAAUGAGUUACUGAAACAAACAGCAUCCACUUAUAACAUCAGAGAGAAGCUGGUCAUCCACACAGUGAACGAGCAGCACGACGCUGCAGAGUACUUUGAGAAGAUUCUCACUCUGACCAGUUCUGAGGCAUCACAGAUCUUCCAUGGAGAGUUGACGCAUAAGAUCACAUGUUCCCACUGUCGCAAAGAGAAUAACACAGAUGGGAGAUUUUGGCAUCUUGCUCUUGAACUGGUGGAUUCCCACAGUAAAGUCUUCAGAGUGGUGGAUGGCAUCAAGGAGUAUUUCCAAACCUCACGUUUCAGCGGAGAAAACCAGAUGUACUGUGACCACUGUGAGACCAAAUCUGAUGCUACUAUGACAUGUGUAAUGAGGCAUCAUCCAGAGGUUUUGACGCUGCUGCUAAAGAGGUUUGACUUUGACUACCGUUACAUGUCGUACGUCAAAAACAACCGGGUCGUGGUUGUUCCCUUCUCCCUACAAAUCCCAGAGAAUCAGACGUAUGAGCUGUAUGCUUGGGUGGAUCACUUCGGUGAUCUUAGAGGUGGACAUUACACAGCAACGAUAAAGUCCCAGGAUGAUGAGAGGUGGUACGACUUCAACGAUGCCAGCGUCACGUUGCUUGAUAACCAGCCGUUCCAGACUGGCAAUACUGAGAAAUCCCGGAGUGUUCAUCUUCUUUUUUACAAGAAAAAGAAAACUGCAUACUCCAAUGGAUUGUGUCAGCCUGCAAAAAGAGACUAUGUUCCCGAUUGUAAGGGUUGUAACAAGAAUAGACGUAACAGAAAACAUGAGAGAGAUAAGAGGAAGAUGAGGAAGGGUGAGGAGGAGGAGGGAGGAAAGGAGGCAGAGGCUUACACCAGUGCAGAGAAGAGAGUACUGUUCUCAGUAGGAAUCCAACCAAAACCUGAUCCGGAACACAAGCAUGAGAAAGAGGCCAGACACAGGUCCCCUGAUUAUCCUCCAGUUUGUGUGGAGGAACGUAGAGAAAAGGAAAGAAUUGAUAAAAAAGAAAAGAGAAAAUACUUCAAAUUCUUAACAAGCGAUGCAAAGAACCUAAAACAUGAAGGAUUGGACAACGUGGAUGAUGAUGAGGGAAAGGGUAACGCUGGUCGGAACAAAAAGAGAGAGGAUGAAAGGAUGGAAAAAGACAACAAAGGACGUGCUGGUAAUAGAAAACGUGUCACGUCGAGGUCCAAACUGGGAGGGAUCAGCUGGUGGCAAAAAAGACAGAAGCAACCGAAAAAGGAGAGAGACGAGAAACGGGGGAGAGGAGGUGAUGAAGCUGCACAAGGGAAAAGAAGAUCCUCAGCCAAGGGUCACUUUGGACAAGGUUCAGAGGAUGAGAGACAAUUAGCUGAUGGACCAGAGGAGAAAUGGAUCAGAGAGAAACUAAAUAAAGGAGAUGCUCAAUGUAGUCAAAUCAGACAAUCAGGCAGGAGGAGACAGGCAGAGAACCUGGGAGUCAGCGGGGCUGGAUAUGAGGAAUGGGAUAGGAAAAGCCAAAGAGGCAGAGAGGUGAAGAACAGAGAGAAAACCCCACAGUACACAUCAAAGAAUAGAGAGAAUGUCAAAAAAAAAUCUCACCCAAGGUCGAAUGGAAGGGCGACUUUGACGAAGGGCCUGAGCGGGAUGAACCUGAACGAGUCGCCUUCUCCAGAUCCACAGCAACACAGGGCUGGAAACACAAGGGAGGACAUUGAGACAGACGCCGCUCCUCAAUCCAGAGGAGAACAUGCAAAGAAACAUAAGGACACACGGUUGCCUGGCUGUCUCCCUUUUUUUUUCAAGAAACCAGUGUGGGAAUAGGAUAAUGUGCACACGUUAUCCAAGAUAACAUGAUUUUACACGACUGCAUGUCAAAUUGGUAAUUAUACAUUAUCUCAGUAUACAUUAUAAUCCUCACUGUAAUACUUCUGUGUGGUUCUGUCUAUUUAACAGAUCAUCUUUGAUGGUUUUUGGUCGUGUAUAAUGCAUCACUUCAAUUCCUGUUCAAGUAAAUGGUAUACAUGAGAGACAGGGUUGUUAAUUUUAUAUUAAAGUGCUGGAUUAUUAUAUCACUUUGUGAUAGAAGAUGACACAAAUAUAAGUUAAUGGGUUAUUUCACUAGGAGGAAAACAAGAUCACAUUCAUGUUUAUUUCAUUUUGAGUUGUAUGUAAGUUCAUCACACACUUUAUUUUAUUUGUGGUGUUGUCUGUCUCUGCUGUUUCGUUGUUAGUUUGAUUUUAUAUUUACAAUAUUCAGAUUAAAAAAUUACCAGAC